AUGGGAGAUAUGCACAGCGCUUGGCAGGCUACUGAACCAUCCCCUAUAAACAAGGCGGACACCCACCAAGUCAGUGGCAUUUAUUUCCAAUCCUUCCACCCUAUCGCGAUUUUCUUCAAGCUCUCUGGAGCCGCAAAGCCUCCUCCAACUGCCGUAACCGCAAAUCCAGACGACCGAGCUCUCUUUUCCAUCGAGCCACUCCAGUACUUCCGUUCAUUAGGACUGCUAAAACACCAUGAACCAGCACUUUUCUUGAUACUCUCCCCAGAAAACCCCGCCUCCUUUGCCCAAAUGUGA